AUGAAGAGGAGAAUUUAUGCAGAAUAUGUGGAUACAAAAUGGAGUCAUGGGCACAUUUUCCUUGUCAGAGCAUGGCGCGAACGCUGGAGCGAUUUGCAGUGGGACAUCAACAUUAAAACAGUAAGAUAAAAAUUAUCAUCAAUUUAUUUAUCAUCCGAUUGUAUAUUGCAACAGGCCUUAGUAGGUCCUGGCCCAAAUUAUUUAGUGUUGUCCUACUUAAAACAUUCGCUUAGUUCUCAGCUCGUUUCGUACGCUGCUGUUUUGCAACGUAUUAGCAAAUACGACGCUUUUCAAAAGCCCCACUGUAUUCUAAGCCUUCUGAACUUCUUAGAAACAAUUCACAUCGGCAUAACUUGCCGAGGGAAACCCGAAGAAGAUCUUUCAGCCGCUGCAGUAUUGUCUGUCGUACUGAUUCCACAGCCAUCCGAACUGAUGGAUAAACCUGCCAGUAUUCUAAAAGAAAUGCUCAAUUCCGAUUUCAUUUGCGCAAUGAUGUACUUAGCGAAACACGACGAUAAGGAUAUUGUCGAGUGUAUUUUAAACAAAUUGCAGGAAGUCAAUUUGGUCACUGAGAAGCAGAAUAAAGAACUCAGCAGUCGAAGGGAAGGACUGACGGUAGCUUUGCAUAAACUCGAACCUUCAGUCGCUGCAACUACUGCAAUUCCCAAAGUGAUAUUGCGCGCCGAGCAUACACUAAGUGGUUUUCUGAGAUCUCUCAAUGCAGACUGUUCGAUAAGAAGCGAAGCCCUCUUGAACAUGCUAAAUCAAAUCCACAUCGGGAAAACUUUCGACCUGAUAAUGGCCGUCGCAUCUGUGGAGGACAAACUGAAAGCAUUCGUCUCGGAAAUGAUAAAAUUCAACGAGUACAGCAAUCAAGUGAAUGAACCGGUCCCGGGAAGUCCAUCCUCGCGUGCAAUGCUAUUCGACAUGACUUUCUUGAUGCUCUGCUCCAUUGUUCAGACAUAUGGAUCUGAGGUUUUAGAAGAAGGUGGAGAUUCCUUUUGUUGAACAGUGGGUUCGCGAGAGUGCAUGCCUGAGCGUGGAAAUCCGAAAUCUCCACACAAGCUCCUUCAAACGAUCGACCCUGCAGUGGUCGAUGUUCUUCUGCAGCAAAUUAGUUCUGGAGAAGCUGAUUUUAUGACGAUCACUGUCAAUUGGGACAAAAAGUGUCUGGCGGCAAUGGGAGUUGUGAAGGAAUUUCUUUUCGGAUGGGAGAGUGGUGGUUUGAGUGCUGGAGAUGUCAAGAGAGCCCUCGACAGAUUGAGAAAUGGCGUUUGCUGUUUACCUGUGUGUGCUGCGACUUGGCUGUGUGUACAUAUGAGCAUCACUCAUCAGGAUGCACUUCUCAAGCCCAUGAAUAUGGUUCAGCAGUUUCUGACACCUGGCAUAGCCGAAGAGACACAGGAAUCCUCAUUUAAGGAAAGGAAGUUUUGCGGUUUCAGGUCUGCCUUAAUGUUUCAAAUUAUACGGAAGAUGCAAUAUGACGUUCGUCCACCAACUCAAUUCAAGAAAGUGCUUGCCGUCUUUCACAGCCUUAUAUCUCGUCAACCGAUGUUGGAACAGUUGGAAUCGAUAUGGCAGAUGAUUCACCACCGAGGUUGGAUAAAUAUUCAAGCAGCAUAAGGUCUUCAUGCCUUAUUAAAUACCGGCGGUUCCCUCUGGUUUGUUUCUAAUUUGGCGAAAGCAACACUAAAGUACAAAUAUCAGGAAGGAUUGGAUCGAGCCAUUGAUCUGACUUUCUCCAUCUUUCAUUUUGAUAUAGAAAACUGUACAUUGGAUCUUUUGAAUAAUCUUGUACCGCAAUAUUUGUACAAUGUGUUGCAUCUAACUGAUAGAAAAAUGAGAGGAAUUGAUAUUCUUCUGGAUGUGAAAGUGCCGAGAAUAUUGCAGAAUAGAAACGAGACUCAGAAUUCCGAAAUAAAUUCGCUCUAA